CGCUGCGUAGGCUUCACAAAUCUGCGCGUGUGGUGGUGAUAUUAAUGUGCAUCGCGCCCUAAACAGAGUUUAUCGUGUGGCGAUGGUGAUUAUCGCGGUGAUUGUGGUUUUGACACUCCUUUCGACAACAACUGUUGCACAAAGCGAAGCCGGCUGUGUCACCGAGAACUAUGAAUACGCCCACGACAAAAUGGCCGAGUUCUGCGUUCUUCGUGGAUUGCAAGACGACGGAAGAACCGCACAGCAAGAACGGUUCGCCAAUGUGGCCGUCCUGAAUUCGCGGAUAAGACAGCUACCGGCCCGUUUCUACGCCCGUUUUCCACAGCUGGAACUGUUGGUCGUCCGGAACAGCACCCUUGACCGGUUAGAUAUCAACGGAACUGUCCGGGUUAUCCACGCCGAAGGCAACAAAAUACGCUCGCUAAGAGUAGACGGUACCAGUGAGCUGCGCGAGCUGUAUUUACGGGCAAACCCGAUUGAGAGCAUCGCAGACGCCGUGUCUAGUUUGCCCAGCCUGGAGAAGCUUGACCUUAGCGAUACCGCCAUCGCCAAGGAUGAAACUCUCGAGGUGAACAGUUUUGCCGGGCUAAACAACGUCCAAGAGCUGUAUUUGGUCGAUGUGCGUGCAUAUUACUUCGAAAAUGAGAAGAAUCGAGUUUUGCCCAAUCUGCGACUUUUGGACGUGUCACGAAACACUUUCAUCCCGACAAACUUCGACCUGCGUUUGUUUCAUGCGUUCCCGCGGUUGGAAGUUCUCAAUCUCAGCCACGGCUCCAUGACCGAUUUGAGUAUUUCGAACAUUCGUGGCGAUUUUCCCGCCCUGAAACAAAUCCAUCUCGAAGGCAACGAUUUCAAGUGCUCCCUUCUGCAACCGCUGCUGGAUCAUUUAAAGAAGAACAACGUCGAGCCAGUCGAGCCGUCGGAGCCGGAAGCGUGCAAACUGGAGUAUCGAUCGAUCGCAAACAUGUGCUGCCAGGAGGAUAGUCUGAGUUUGCCAAUGCCUACCCCCGCAGUUCCACCGAAAAUUACUGGAGCACCGCCGACGGUUCCGACAACGGGACCAUCAGCGGGCACAAGUGGUGGUACGAAAGCUUCCGAACCGGAAAGGGACGGAAGUGGGUCCGACAAUGGACACCUCAUUGGCUAUAUUGCCAUUGCCCUUAUUACUUCAGCGCUUGUGAUCGCCUCAGUACUGAUUGUCGUAAUAUAUAUAAAAAGAAAAUCACAGGGCAUGCACGUAGUUCCGCCGAACGAUCCGAAGGAAAACAUUGAAAUAUAGUUCAGUUGAAGAAUGACUACUUACAGCAUGUCUAAGUACCAAAUCACAGCCAUGUUCGUGUUUGACGCGUGAAAGGAAAGUGUCCUUUUCAUCACACCCCUCGCCCCAGCGGGAGCUGCUGGUUCCGGUUCUAUAGGACAGAGCACCCGUUAUUGUGGCCGAAAUUUUGCCCAGCUGACAAAGGAGAAAAUAACUGCAAUCUAUAUUUAUCGUAUAAAAAGGGAUAUAUUUGUCCACGCAACUACUGUUUUAAACGUUGGCCUUAAAAGUAUUGUUAACAUAUUUCAAAGCGUACUCAAGAGAGAUGAACUCGAAAAGAGCGGGAAGACUCGAGCCAGGAAACGGCACCACAAGAAAUGAAAUGUAAUAUUAUCAAAAUAUUCGCUUUUAUUUAAUAAAAUAAAAAUAUCUUAAUUCUCCGAAAUUUCUCUCU